UUUAACGACCUUGACUAGCCGUUGGUUUAUAUACAUCGGCGUUAGGGUCAUUCUUACACAUAUUGUACUGUGGAAUCAUACACAUUCUACACGUGUCAUGAUGGUGAAGUUCCACACAUUAUCGGUUGCAGCCAUCCUGGCGAUUGCUUCAUCCAAUACUAUUUUUGCUACAUUUAGAUCAAAUGGAAAAACCUUCGGAGAUGAAUCUGUUAGCCUUCUAGAACAUGAAAGUACCAGUUUGUCUCGUGGUCCUAGACCAACCGAAGAUCAAAUCAGUCAGUUACCAAAAAAUGUUUUCUUUCUAUUGGAUAACAGCAUUGAUAUGUCUAUUGAAACUGGAGAAGAGAAUCGUCAUUUCCUCUCCGAGUUUUUUAAAUUGUUAAAAAAAUAUGAAGGAAUAAAUGUUUCACUAAUAAGGUACAAUAGUGAAGAACCGUUAGGUUCGACGAAAGCAUUAACCAACGGGGAGUUGAAAAAACUAUCCGAUAAUAUUCCUACUAAAAUGCCUUUUGACAUUGGCGUUGUUCCUACCGGUAUAGGAGCUGCCCUCAAACAGAUAAAAACAUUAUACCCUGGUCACGAAAAUUUCCUUGUUGGAAACACCAUUACUGAAUUGGAAUAUGCGAAAGCAUUGGGUAAGGAUAUUGUUGUAAUCGUGUUUACUACUGGCCACGUCAUUGAUCCACAUUUAGCAUAUGAUGAGGCAUUUGAUGCCCGCCGUAAUGGUGUAAGAUUUUACGUUAUUAAUAGGGGUGGAAAGGCCGAAAACUAUUGGACUCAGCUAUUGGGAUGCCACUACAAUACUUGUUUGAGUUAUAUUCGGGCCAAAAUAACAAGGCCUUCACUAUAUCUCGAUGUUUUGGUGAACAGGGUUGUGUCUAAACGCGCGAAAGAUGCCGUUUGUUUGGAAGUGUGGACGGAUUAUAAACCUAACACUGAAAAAUCGGAUGUGAGGAUUAUGACUUCUACGUUGAAAUUAUACAAAACCCUUCUUACUGGGAGCUUUGGUGAGAGAAACAUCAAAGGUCUCACAUGUGAUGAGCAGCUAAAGGAUAUGCAGAAAAGACAAAUAUUUUGCUACUCAAAUAAGUGUGCUCCCACGAUCUAUUCAAGAUCUUAUGUUGACUUAGCUAUUCAACGUCUUAAUGCAAAAGAUUUUAAAGAGGUACUAGAUGAGUCAUCUUACAGAUCACGCCGUUUGCAAUCAGUGGAGAAACAUAAUGAGCAACAAACAGGUUCUCAAGAAACGCUUUCUGGAAGCGCCCGUGUAGAAACAAGCUUAGAAAGCUCAGUACCUUCAUCCUAUGUGGCAGAAUUGGGAGAAAGUGAUACAGAAACAUACAAACAGUUGGAGUACAUAGAUAAAAAUGGUGUCACUAUCUUCGACAAUGAGCCCACUGUUGUUGUCGAUACUCCUGAGUACGUACAAAAGGUGCAUGAAAGAGAAAUGAAGUCUGGUGAAGAAGCCAUCCAUCUUCCCAACUCUGGCACUCACCAUCCACCUCAUCACAGAAAGGGAGCCAACGGAUCCGGUAAAAAGACCACGAUCGUCGUUGGUAUUAUAUGCCUUGUAGUAAUAUGCGCCGUCAUAGCCGGCGCCUACCUAUCGCUUUCACAGCAAGAGUCUGUGGAACUCACCUCUGAAGAGGGUGACUUCUUGAACGACACUACGGGCGGUCAACCUGAAGUACUCGAAACACAACAAGUUGUGGAUGCAGAGAACAAAACAUGGUUGUAAGACACAAAACGAGUUGUCACAGCCAACAUAUACAAAUGCAGUUUAAAUUAAGUCACUAGUCACCU